AUGAGGAGCGGUGAGGUGGCCGGGCAGCCGAGCGUGGAGGGGCUGGCUUUGCUGCCGCCCGUGCUGCAGCUACUGACUGACCCUGGGCGGGAUGUCACGGAUGACACGUGCCUGGAGAAGCUGCUGGACUGGCUGGGCCGAGAGAUGUCUCUUCCAGACACCGGCGGGGAGGUUUUGCGGCACGUGCGUCCGUGCGUGCUGGACUUCCUGGGCCGCGUGAGUGCCGCACGGAUGGACGUCGCUCCCUGCGUCCUCUCCCUCGCCCUGCGUCUCGCCGGGCUACUGGGCACAACCGACUUUGGCUUCCAGCGCCUGCAGGCUCUGGGGCUGGUGGACGGGCUGUUUGGCACACUGCCCGGCCCGGAGAGCUCCCCGUGGCGCGAGGCGGCGGUGCGCUGCGGCUGGCUCGUUGGGCUCGGCUCGGCGCUGCGGCACGAGCCCGCGUUCCUGUGGCUGUGCCAGCCCGGCAACGUCGAGGUUGUCCUCUCUCUCUGGAAGGACCCCAGCAUGUUUGUGGCCAACGCGGCCAAUCAGCUGCUGGCGCGGAUGCUCGUGUGGGGCGAGCGCCUGGGCCCCGCGGCCGCGCCCCCCUCCUCGCCGCCUCCCUCGUCCCCCGCCGGCACCCCACGUCACAACCCCGUGCUGGACCUCGUCGACCGUUCCGUCCGUUCGUCUCUGCGCGGCGACGACGGCGGCGAAGACGGCAUCCGCCGGGCCCUGCGUCUCCUGGCGGCGUGGUGGGCGAGCGGCGGCAGCGUGGCCGGCGCCGCGGGCCUCGCGACGGACGCCGAGGCGGAGAACGGCCGAUCGGAUGGCACGGGGGAGGAUGGCGGCCGCUGGGAGGCCAUGGCGGCGGCGGACGCGUGGGCGAGCGCGAGACGCGCACGGUGCAGGCGCUGCUGGACCUUCACUUGGCGCUGCUGCUGCGGAGCCGCGAGUCUCCCCCAGGCUUCCUGCACCUGCCGGCGCUGCUGCAGGCGCUGCUGGAAUCGCGGCACGCGGGGCACGGGCUGUCGCUCGCCGCCGCUCUGUCGCGGCUGCCCGGCUCCGAGCGGGACGCAGCCGCGGCGCACGUUCACACGGUGCUGCUGCCUCUGCUCGCCGCCGCUGCGGAGGCCGGCUCGACGGCGACCGAGGGGGCCACCGCUCCCGCCUCCGCUCCCCCCCUCCGCCGGCGCCGACGGCGUGGCCACCUGGGCGCUGCGGCACAUGGGCACGCGGGCCGGCGCCGUGGGGCUGCUGUGCCACGCGACGCACCUCCUCAGUCAGCUGGCCGGAGAGGAGCGGACACUCGGACGUGCGGAGGCCACGGCGGCCACCGAGGGCGUGUGCCGCGUGGUCGCCCUCAGCCUCGGCCUAGACCUCCCACAAUCCCCCACAGGAGGGCGGCUGGCGCUAUUUCUGAUUGGCUGCUCGCGAGUGCAGAGGGUGGGGCUUGACUGCUUGGCUGCCCUGGCCGCACCAACAGAAGGCGAAGAUGCCCUCGGACGUGCGGUGGUGAAGGUUCUGCUCGGGUGCCUGGGCAGUCCGGAUGCCGACCCCAGCGUCAUUGCCAAGGCUUUCCGGGCCCUUCAGCGCUGGCUGGAGCCUGAGCGGGGCCCGGCCUGGCUGACAAGUGACACGGAGGAUGCUCUGGUCCGCGUGCUGGCGCUGCGAUUGGAGGACAGCCGCUGGGAGGUACGCGACUCGUCGCUGGAAUUCCUGGCGGCCGGGGUCUCGGCGAGUCCCCGCGCAGCAGCAGCAGCACCGGGGUCGGCGUUGGCGCCGUGGCUGGCGCGGCACGGGCUGCACGCCGGCGCCGCGUGGCACCGGCUGUCGGACGCGCAGGCCUACGUGCGCGCGAGCGCCGUCGUGGCGCUGGGGGCGAUGGCGCUGGGUGGCGACGGCGCCGCUUGGGCCCGCGCUCUGGCCGCCCUUCACCUGACGGAGGACGACGUCCUCGGCCGCUUGUGCGACAUCCUCUCCGGCGACGCCGAGUGCUUCCCGCGCCGCGCCGCCUGCCGGGUCCUCACCGCGUGCCUGCGCGCCGGCGGCUCGCUGCGGGCGCCGCUGCUGGCGCUGGCCUCGGCCCCGCCAGCGCGUGCGGGCCCCGCCGGCGCCGCCCUGCGCGCCGCCGCCCGCGACCCCGACUGGGAGGUCAAGGUGAACGCGCUGGAGUUCUGGGAGGCGGCGGCCACGCUGCUGGCGCGCGAGCCGGUCGGUUCGGCCGGUCCGGCGGCGGGCGGACCUGCGCCGGCGCUGGCGGUGCUGGUGGCGGCCUUACGCGAUUGCGACCGGCCGGCCGCCAGCAAGGCCUGCGCGGCGCUCAUGGCGCUGGCCGACGCCGGCGUCGCGCCGGCUCGGGGGGGAGCCGGCGGGGACGCAGACGACGAAGGGGACGCGUCGGCGGACGUGACGGACGACCUGCGCCGGCUGGACCUGCCGGCGCUGCGCGACGAGCUGGAGAGGCGCAGCGACUACGUGCAGAGCGGCCCGGCCUCGCUGCUGCGAGACAUCCUUGCCUCGAGCGACAGCGCCCUGCUCGACGGCGCCGACUGCUACUGAGCGAGGCGGCAGCGACGUCGGUUCGUCGCUUCUCAAAUCGAUCCUCGCGCUUGCGCCCUGCGCGCAUCGGAUCGGAUCUUGCGGCGUGUUGAGAAAAGUUUUUUAGCGAUUUGCGUGUCGGUUUGCGUAUUUGCGUCUGUUAUUCGGUGGUUCUGGUUUAGCGGCGAUAGCGCUGGGGAGAAGCGUGUGUACUUGCGUAUGGCGCAGCCGGUCUUGGGUUGGGCUACGAACCUGGCGACCCGGGUUCGAUACCCGCUCACGGCCAACACCGGUGACGAUUAUCUGAAUCGGUUCUGGUCCUCCCCUAGGUUGACUCAGCCUCAAAUGAGUACCCGGUGCGGUGUGUAAACAUCGCCGCUGGGGAGACAAAGGCGGAGGGGCUUGGUGCUGGCCACCCACCCCCUCGUGUGCAGUGUCAGCCUUCAUAGGUGCUUGCUAACAGCACUUUCCUCAACGGUCUGUUAAGGCUAUAUGGGGGUCUUUGUGCGUUUUUGUGCAUGUACGUGUUGCCGUCUCCCAGUUUUUCACGAAUAAAUUAUUUUUGUCAACUGCACUGUUGAGUGUGUGGUGCAACGGCUGCCAUUCGCCGCUAAGUGGCGGCUACAUCGCAGCGCUUGUGCCAGGCUAGGUGCACUGAGUCCACACGAAGUGUCGAUGGCUCGCUGGCAGGAGGUCACGGGACAGACCCAGGUGUCAUGGGUUGACUGACUACGAUAACUGACAAAUGCAUCACCUGUGCUCCCCACUGCACUUUUGCUGCCUGGCGCUCCACUCGUUUUUGUGAACGUUGCUUGUCUGCCGUCCGUUGUUGGAGGGCGACUGCCUCCAACUGGCCACUAGCGUCCUUCACGAGCCUCCUCCAUCGAGGCCGACCUUAACACCGCUGAGACCAGCCUUCGGCAAGUCCACUCAGCUCCACAUCAUCUUGUACCGCAUCAGCCCAUCUCUUUUCCAGCCCGUGUCGUGCCCGUUUAGCCUCAUCCAGCCAAACAGAAACUGCUUGGGCAUGCGGGGGCUGGGCAUGCGGGCUGCAUGACCCAGCGAACGCACAGGCUGCACACAACAUUCGCAUUCCACGGUGCAGCAUGUUGCCAAUCGAGACAUGUUUAGCAAUCAUCAGGUACGAGCAGCAAGAUCGCUCAGCGUGGAGCAUGCUGUGCGCUAGAGCGAGGGAAGGAGGUCGAUUGGCUGUGGCUCAUUGCCUGUUUACAGGCCUGAGCCAGUGGUGGAAAUUCCCCAUUCCUCUGGCCGGAGAAAACCCCACCACACAAUAUUUCCGCGAUCCAGCAACCCUCGCCUGCUGGAUCACAGCCGCACCGUGUUGCGCUCCUUUUAGCUGAACCGCCCGUGCGAGGCUACGUUGCGAGGAAUCGUGGGCCGGAGUGGAUCCAAUUCGGUGCCACAGUGGUUCAUGAGAUGUUAACUACCUCGCCUGGUAUGCAGGAGGUUGUUGGUUCAAUCCCGACCCUGCCGCCUGCUGUGUAUUUGGAGUUUGCGUGUCUCUU